AUGUCUUCAGAUGUCCGAACCGUUGCUGUUGUUGGCUGUGGAGUCAUUGGAGCGAGCUGGGCAUCUCUCUUGCUCUCAAGGGGCUUGAAAGUCAUCAUUUCGGAUCCCGCGCCAGGAGCCAAGGAGGGUUUCGAGCGCUAUCUGCAAGAUGCAUGGCCUGCCCUGGAGGCAAACACAGCCACCGAGAGUACACUUGCGAAGAAUUUUGAGUUCAUUGAUGACUUGGCGCAGGCGUUGCCUUACGCAGACUUCGUCCAGGAGAACGGACCAGAAAAUGCAGACUUCAAGAAACAGCUCAUGGAGACGCUCGAUCAGUAUGCGAGACCUGGCGUCGUGAUCGCCUCAUCAUCCUCCGGCCUUCCCUCAUCUGGAUUCAUCCAGCAGUGCCGACGAGAUCCAGGUCGCAUACUUGUUGGUCAUCCAUUUAACCCACCGCAUCUGGUUCCUCUGGUUGAAGUCGUCCCUCAUGCGGGCACCAGCACUACCUCCGUCUCCACUGCCUUGGACUUCUACAAAUCUCUCGAGAAGAAGCCUAUCUUGCUUCGUCAUGAAGUCCCAGGCUUUGUCGCUAAUCGCCUCCAAGCCGCGAUCAACAAUGAGGCAUACAGCCUCAUUAGUCGGGGGAUCGUCUCAGCCGAAGAUCUUGAUACUGCCGUGACUUCAGGUCCCGGGCUUCGGUGGGCUCUAGCAGGGCCGAUUGUCACGAAUGCGCUUGGUGGGGGAGGAGGACCUGAUGGGUUCAUGCAACGGAUUGAACGUCUUGGGCCGUCCAUUCGGUCCUGGGAGCAGGAUAUGAUGAAGCAUCGAUUUGAUUGGAGCGAUGAGAGUCUGGCCGUGUUGAAAAAAGAAUCUUCGAAAUGGCUCGACGCCGCGGAUUGGGUCGGACUGAAAGAGAAAAGAGAUCAGGUGUUGUUGCAAUUGCUGAAAGCCAAGGCGGAAACCUCGUCGAUCAGAUAG